AUGGUCCCCGCGGGCUCCGCGCUCAUGUGCCCCGACUCCCCCAACUUCGUGUCGUUGCUCUCCAUGUUCUCCUCGCCCCAUCCGCUCAGCUGCGCGGGAUCGCUCGCGGACGGGCAGGAGGGGGACGAGCAGCAGGAGGAUUCCAAGGCGGGGGUGCUGGUCAGGGGCGCGGGGGGCGGAUGGGGAGGGAGGAGGGGAGGCGGAAGGAGCGCGGGCGGGAGAGGAGCCGCGGGGCACCUGGUGUGCGCUCCGCCGAGGAAUGUGCUGCAGGUGGCGGGGGGCCCGCGCGCGGAGAGGGUUCCGGGGCUGCAGGCGCGGAUAGAUAAGGCGCUGAGAAGCCUCUGCCAGUCGCGCGGAGAUCUGCUGGCGCAGGUGUGGUUCCCAACGUGGCAAGAGGGACAGCGCGUGCUGAGCACGCGCGAGCAGCCGUUUGUGCUGAUGGAGGGCAGUGAGAAGCUGCGCGUCUACCGCACCAUCUCCACCAACUACACGUUCCCAUUGUCUGGCAGCGGGUACUUGGGGUUACCGGGCCGGGUUUUUGUUUCCGGUCGCCCCGAGUGGACCCCCAACGUGCAGUACUACUCGCGGGACGAGUACCUCCGCGUGGCGCACGCCACUCGGUGCAACACGGUGGACCUGACCAGCAUUCGCGCAUGGGACCACCUUCCAGCAGAGAUACCCUUCCCUGGCCGAGGGGCAGUGUUAACCGAGAUACACGAGGUGCUCUCCUCGCUCUGCGACAAGCACUCGCUGCCCCUCGCCCAGACCUGGAUUCCCUCCUCCUGGGUCCGCCUCUCCGAACCUCCCGCCGCACCUGCUGCCGAGCCUGCGGCUCGGGGGUCUCGGGGGCCUGUAGGGGCGAGCAUGCGGAGCAGUGCGGGGGCGGGGUGGAGCAUGAGACGCGAGGGGGCGGUGCGGGGAAAGGAGGGAGUUGAUGUGGGGAGCUUACAGCAAGAUGUGUUUGAGGUGUUCCCAAUUGGAGGCGAGGGGAGCAGAGGACAGGCAACAGGGGGAGAAGGAGAAGAAGGAGAGGGAGAAGGGCGAGGAGGGAGAGGAGGCGAGGGGGAUGGAGAGGAGGAGCAGGGACAGGGAGGGGAGGAGGAGGAGGAAGCAGUGACGCUAUUCACAGCAGACAUGCCGAGCUGCGUGGCGGAUCUGCGCAUGUGGGGCUUCCGCCAGGCGUGCUGCGAGCACCAGCUGCAAGCAGCACAGGGCUGCCCCGGCCGAGCCAUGACCUCCAACGCCCCCGCCUUUUGCGACGACCUUCAGUUACUCACCAAGGAGCAGUACCCUCUCGUGCACUACGCGCGCAUGUUCGGGCUGCGAGCGGCCGUUGCGAUUCGCCUCCGGUCGGUUUUGUCUAAGGAGAUGGAUUAUGUGCUGGAGUUUUUUCUCCCGCCGGGGUGUAGGGAGAAGGAGGAGCAGCAGCGGCUGCUGACGGCGCUGUCGCAGAGCAUGCAGGAGGCGUGUCGGAGCUUGAGGACGGUUACUGUGGAGGAGAUGGUGAGGUGUAGGUCCGGGAGUAGGUCCGGAAAAAGUGGGGGUAGUCGAGGCACACGGUCAGGCUCGGGGACGGGAGGUGAGGGGGCGGGGGGUGAGGGUGCGGGUGGGUCGGUGAUGGGAGGUGGGGGGGUGGAGACGAGGGGGGGAGCGUGGGGGGGAGGGAAGGGGAAGGGGGUGGUGGGGGAAGGGGUGUCUGAGGGAGUUAGUGUGGUGAGGGGUGUGGGGGGGAAGGGAGCGAGGGAGGGGGGCGAGACUCCGGAGAAGAGAGAUAGGGAGGUGAAGAGGAGGCGAGUGGAGGGACAAGGUGAGGGGGAAGGGGCGACUGGUGUGGGUGAGAGCAGUCCCUUUGAAGCUGCAGCAAUGGCUGAGCUCUGUGCAGGUUCGGCAGUCACGCCACUGGCUCACGUUACGCCACCCACUCACAACACGCCACCUGGCAAUUGCUCGGCUGAUGUGGCGUUUCCGCUGGGGAACGGUGCUGUUGUGCCUGGUGCAGGAGGGAAUGGUUUAGUAGGGUGUGGAGGAGUCCAAGGGGGUGAUGAGCGGGGCGUGGGGAAUGGUGUGGGCAUGGGUAAUGGUGCCGGCACGGGGAGUGGUGAUAUGGGUAAUGGUGGUGGUGGCAUCGGCAAUGCCUGGGAGGAAGGUGGUUUUUCUGAACAGCAGCAGCAACAGGGGGAGAUGGGAGCAGGUCCGAACGCACUUAUGGGCGUGGGCGCAGACAUGGGAACAGGCAUGGGAACAGGCAUGGGAACAGGCAUGGGAACAGGCAUGGGAGCAGGCAUGGGAACAGGCAUGGGAGCAGGCAUGGGAGCAGGCAUGGGAGCAGGCAUGGGAGCAGGCAUGGGAGCAGGCAUGGGAGCAGGCAUGGGUGGGGGCGCCAGCAUCAACAUGAACGCAGGUGGGAUGGGCACAAGCAUGGGCAUGCAGGCCAUGCCCCCACUACCUGAAGACGCCUUCUCAGGUGAAAGCUCAGGUCCUCCAGCUGUGGUCUCUGCAGCCGCCGCCCCUGCCGCCCCUGCCGACCCUGUGUUGGGCGGCGGCGAGGUGGCAGCUGCACCUGGUGGCCAAUCAGGUGUCCCUGCCACGUCAGACAGGAGUGGUGACAGCCUGGACGAGGGGGGAGGGGCGCUCGAGGGGACCCCUGAUGGGGCAAGCUCGGGGCAGCCUUCAGGGGGAGCAGAAGGGGGGGCGGAAGGGGGAGCGGAAGGGGGAAGGCAGGGGGGAAUGCGGGUAGAGGAGGAUGUGACAGAGGGAGGAGGAGGGGGGGAGGAGAGGGCGGGAGGGGCGGAGGGAGGGGCGAAAGGGGGGGUGAAGAAGGGGGAGAAGCGGAGAGGGGGGACGAACGAGAAGAGCAUCAGUCUAGCCGUGCUGCAGCAGUACUUUGCAGGGAGCCUUAAGGACGCUGCCAAGGCAUUGGGAGUGUGUCCCACCACACUGAAGCGCAUUUGUAGGCAGCAUGGAAUCGCCAGGUGGCCGUCGCGCAAGAUCAACAAGGUCUCUCGGAGCAUUCAGAAGCUGCAGGACGUCAUCGAGUCCGUGCAGGUGCCAGCUGGUGCGCUGCGAUUGGAUGCCAUCACGUCUGAGCUGGCGACAGCUGCAGCAUCCCUCCCCUGGCCCGGAAAUCGCCAUCCCUCCAUGCUCGACCCUAUGGUCGGAGGCUCGGCGCACGGACCUGGAGGUUCGGCGCAUGGGCCUCUUGCCAUGGCUGGAGGCUCGGCACACGGGCACUUUGCAGGAGGGUCGGCACAUGGCCCGUUCAUGGGCGUAGGAGGUUCGGCGCACGGAGGGAUGGCGUUUGCAGGAGGUUCGGGACAUGGCGGGGUGGCGUUUGCGGGAGGUUCAGCACAUGGCGGGAAUGCCUUUGCAGGAGGUUCGGCACACGGAGGCAUGGCAUUCGCAGGAGGCUCGGCACACGGGGGAAAUGCGUUUGGGGGUGCGGGCGGGUCGACACAUGGCGCGACGCUACUGGCUGCAGCAGCGGGAGCAGGAUCAAAUCAUGGACCCUUCCCAGGAGGGACAGUGCAGGGGGGAUAUAUCCUCAUGGGUAGUUCAGCCCAUGGGCCUCACAUGGCCCAUGUGGGGGGGUCUAUGCAUGGGGCAGGAGGGUCCAUGCAUGGGGGAGGGUCAGUGCAUGGGGGGAUCAUGGCUGGUAUGCAAGCUGCUGCUGGUAUGGGUAUGGGUGGUAUGGGUGCUCCUGGCAUGGCAGCAGGCAUGCAAGCAGGGGGCUCACAUCAUGGUGCAUAUUUCUUUGCAGGAGGGUCGGGUCAUGGGGCGCAUAUGAUGAUGGGUUCAACCCAUGGUGGGGCAUAUGCAGGCCCGGCAGCUGCUGCUGCUGCCGCUGCUGCAGGCAUGGCCGGACCUGGCGGAAGCGGAGGUUCGGGUGGAGGCCUGGGGCCGAACCCAGCCAGCGGCUACCAGCCCAUUGCAGGGGAUCAAUCCAACGACCAUCACCCUCAGAGCCAGCACCGGCAAGGGCAGCAGGGGCAGGGGCACACAGGAGGGGGCAGGGACGGGCAGGGAGGAGGAGGGGCAGCAGGGGGAGGCAGGGGAGGGUUUGAGGGGCAUGAGGGCGCGGCAGGGGGGGUGGGGGGGCGGCUACGUGGGGGGCCGCCGUGUGCUGCUGAUAUGGCUGCUCUCCGUCAUGCAGGCAUGGGAGGAGCUGGGCAGGUUGGGUUCGCGGGUAGAGGGGGUGCUGGGAGUGUUGGGGGUGGUGGGGGUGCUGGUUCUCAUGCUCAUCCCACCACGUCAUUGCACCUAUGGGAGGCAGACCGGAGUGCUGCCUCUCCCUCAGCUGCAGCAGCAAGCACAGGAGCAGGAGGAGGAGGAGCAGCAGGAGCCCAGUCAGUGGUAACGAUCAAGGCCACGUUUGGUGGGGAUACAAUCCGGUUCAGAGUGCCUUUGAACUCCUCAACGUUCCAGUUGGUUCAGGAGGAGGUAGCGAGCCGGCUGAGAGUGCCUGUGGGGGCAUUCUCGCUCAAGUAUUUGGAUGAGGAUGGCGAGUGGGUGGUGCUGGCUGGGCCGCAAGAUAUGGAGGAGUGCGUUCAUAUCGUGAGAGCGGCAGGGAGCAAUACCAUCAAAUUGAACAUCAAGGCGGAAACACAGGGGCGAGGGUGA